AUGGUGUUUACAUUGUUGGGUCGCUCAUAUGCUCUGCAACAUAUAGUGGGAGAUUCAGCUUGGUCCAUCCCAUCAACCCCACACUUCUACACUAACUGGUCUUCCUCUCAUUCUUUCUGCGUCGGUGACACUCUCCUUUUCGACUUUGAAUCCGAACUUCACAAUGUAAUGCAGGUGUCAGCACGAGAGUAUGAGAGUUGUACUGCAGAUUAUGCCUUCAGGACCUUCACAAGUGGUCCGGCGACCGUUCCUUUGAUUGAGAAAGGUGUCUUUUAUUUUGUAUGCAGUUUCUCAAACUACUGUACCCUCGGACAGAAGGUAACCAUUACUGUCAGUAAAUGGUCCCCUGGUUCUGCACCAACAUCGCCUCCAUCGCCUCCUUCGGUGCCCUUUUCGGGGUCUUUAGGGCCGGAUGGGUCUCAACCUUCAGAGGAUGAUGUUGCUUAUUCCUCUAAGGCCCCAGACAGUGUGGACUUGUCUAUGUCAGUGGCUCCAAAGAGAAUGGUUGGUGUAUUUGAUAAUGGAGUGCUUUUUGGCUGGCCUAAUGUGUUGUGGUUUGUAUUGGUUUUGGUCUUUGAAUGGUUGUUUUAG